CAAAGCAAAAAUGGGUGAAAAAGUUCUGUGGACAGAUGAAAUCUGACGGAUUUGUCAAAAACAGUGGGUGUAACAAGAAAUCACAAUUUAAAGUAACCUUUUGGAAGUCAUUAUAAUAUCAUGAAUUAAUAGAACGACAUAUCGUCGAUACAAUACCCAUAAAAAAUUUAAAUCAGUGAAACUAUGAAUUUUCAAUUAGACUUGUCAAAGUAGGUUUUUAAGUUAAAAAUGGAUUUAGAAGAUACUGGUGGCCACCUCGGUGGAGAAACCAUCUAUGGAACACACGAAGAUUCUCAUGUAGUAAUGUCUGAAAAGGUUCAAUCCUUGGCAGGUAGCAUCUAUCAAGAAUUUGAACGAAUGAUAGCAAGGUAUGAUGAAGAUGUUGUCAAAACACUUAUGCCUUUGCUGGUCAAUGUGCUGGAAUGUCUGGAUGCCUCUUACCAACAAAAUCAGGAACAUGAUGUUGAAUUGGAAUUACUACGAGAGGAUAAUGAGCAGCUGGUCACACAGUAUGAAAGAGAAAAGUGUGCUCGGAAAGCUUCUGAACAAAAAUUAUUGGAAUAUGAGGAUGCUGCUGAAGGAGAAAGAAAAGAACUUGUGUCCCGUCUCGAAGCUUUGGAAAGUAUUGUACGAAUGUUAGAAUUAAAACACAAGAACUCCAUGGAACAUGCAGGCCGUUUGGAAGAAAGAGAGGGCGAAUUAAAAAAAGAAUAUGGCAAAUUGCACGAGCGGUACACGGAACUUUUUAAAACGCAUGUGGAUUACAUGGAAAGAACUAAACUGUUGCAUUCUGGCCAGCAAAUGGCCAACGAAAGAUCAGAUGUAAGCAGACUUAAUUCAAACCGAAUUAACAUUGGCCGUAGUUCCGGCCCAAUUUCUUUCGGCUUUGCCUCCUUGGAAAAUGCCGAAAAUGUAGAUAGCGUACCUUCUUCUCCUAUUAGUAGUACUCAUUCUUCUCCAAGUUUGCAUAGUGAAUUUGAUAAUAUUCCAAAAGGCACAGUUACCAAAGUUGAAAGAAGUCAGGAGACUGACUCCUUAAAUUUAGAAAACAAAAGUGUAGUUACUUCUCCUAUUAGUCCACAACCACCAGUUGUAAAUAACAAUAGUCGAAUCCAAACCAAAAAAGAACAACGAAGUGGUAAUACACUUUAUCAAGAACUUAGUUUUCAAGACGUUGAUGGUGAAGAAGAGGCAAAUGAUUUUACAGGGGGUUUGGUACAUCCAGGUGAAUAUGCUUCAUCAGUCAACGAUAAUUUUUAUGGUAUGGGUAAAGAGGUUGAAAAUCUUAUUAUGGAGAAUAACGAACUUCUUGCUACCAAAAACGCUCUUAACGUUGUUAAGGACGACCUUAUAGUUAAAGUAGACGAACUAACCGGUGAAAUCGACAUGUUAAGAGAGGAAAUUUUAUCUCUGAACGUAUCACGAACGAAACUGCGCGAACGAGUUACCGAGUUGGAAGAGGAAUUAAAGAAAGUAAAAGAAGCCAACGACGCGAAGCAGGAUGCUGACGAAGAUUCUGAAAUACCAAUGGCUCAAAGAAAGAGGUUUACCAGAAUCGAAAUGGCCAGAGUUCUCAUGGAGCGUAAUCAAUACAAGGAACGCUUUAUGGAACUGCAAGAGGCUGUUCGUUGGACAGAGUUGCUGCGUGCAUCAAAAACCGAUCCACCCUUUGAUAAGCACAACAACAAAAGCAUAUGGAAAUUUUUUAGCAACCUUUUCACAACCAGUGAUAAAGUACAGCGUCCGCUGGUCGUGCCUCAUCUGAGGUACCAAGCGUCCACAAACCAAGUGAACCCUGGUAUCAAAGCUUUGCCUAGAAUAGGUCAUGAUCUACUUGAAACUGAAAUUGGUGCCGAGAAAAUGGCAGUGAGACGUGCAAUCGAGAGAAGAGAACAGUACCGCCAGGUGAAGGCGCAUGUGCGUAAGGACGACGGUCGUUUGCAGGCGUACGGUUGGAGUCUACCCGGAAAAGGCCCUGGCAGCAGGAGCUCGCAGAGCAGCAGCGGCGUGCCUGUACCGGUCCCGGUUUAUUGCAGGCCGUUGGCGGAAUCCACGCCAAACAUGAAGAUUUGGUGCGCAGCUGGAGUCAACCUUCAAGGUGGAUUUACCAGGGAUGGUGGACUAAUGGUCGGUGGAAGUGUGUUUUACACUGAAGAACCAAAGCUGCCUGAAAUAAAACCAACUCCAAGCGAAGUGGAAAGUCUCGAUAAAGAACUAAGCAACAGCCGGGAGGCAGCGCUGCUCGAAACGAAGCUAUCUUCAAGUGUUUGGAUUUGUACGACCACUAAAGUGGCCAGCUUAGUUACAAUUAUAGAUGCCAAUAACCCCGCCGAACUUCUUAACAGUUUCGGCGUGUGUUCAAAUCACAUACUUUGCAUUGCCAGCGUUCCAGGUGCUAGUCCCAUUGACUAUGACAACAAUAUGCCAAUUUGUUAUGACCAGCCCACCACUACUGUUCCGAUAAUCACUCAAACCCAUGACGAAUCGCCAGAGCAUAAAGGCGUCACUAUAGAGGAGAUUAGAGAUGACAAUGCUCUUCCGUUCAUUAAGCAAAGCACUAGAAAUCAAGAGGAGCAGGAAGAAGCAGCUGUGCUUGGUAAAAUAACAUACGUUGAAAACGACGAAUCUGUAGUUAAUAAAAAAGACAAAUAUAAAACAACACUAGCGGCUGAAGAUAAUGAAUCAGCAGAAGGCGAAAGCGGUUCACCCGAAACCGAUGAUCAAAGCGAUGAUAAAUCCGAAACGAAAAGCACCAAUAAAGAAGUAAUGUCUAGCGUAUUGGCAACAAUGUGGAUGGGCGACGAAAAUGGCAAUCUGUUUGUUCACUCGGCCGUAGCAAAUUGGGCUCAGUGCUUACAUUCUGUAAAGAUGAAGGAUACUGUUAUCAGUAUUGUGCAUCUAAAUGGUAGAGUAAUAGUAGCAUUAGCGUGCGGGGCUGUGGCAAUUUUCAAGAGAAACAUUGAAGGAGAGUGGGAUCUGAGCAAGUAUCAUUUGGUACAAAUCGGAUUGCCGCAUCAAUCCGUCCGACAGUUAGCUGUGGUAGGCGAUAAGGUCUGGUGCGGGUAUCGCAACAAGUUGCACGUUCUGAACCCGCAAGAACUCCGAAUCAUACACACAUUGGAAGCGCAUCCCAGAAGAGACAGUCCCGUAAGACAAAUCGCGUGGCUUGGCGAGGGAGUGUGGGUUUCGAUCCGAUUGGAUUCCACGCUUCGAUUGUAUCACGCCCACACCUAUCAGCACCUGCAAGACGUUGAUAUCGAGCCUUACGUAAGCAAAAUGCUCGGCACAGGCAAACUAGGAUUUUCUUUCGUGCGUAUUACCAGCUUGUUAAUUUCCUCGAAUCGCUUGUGGAUUGGUACCAGCAAUGGCGUCAUAAUAUCGGUUCCGUUGACGGACAGUGGCGCUACAAUCGGGGCUGUUGUGCCUCGAGGUUCCGCUAUUCCCGGUGCAGGCGUUAGGGUACAACCCAUUCCAGGCAGCUUUGUUCCCUACUGUACCAUGGCUCAUGCGCAAUUGAGCUUCCAUGGACACCGGGACAACGUCAAGUUCUUUGUUGCUGUGCCUGGCAAUGGAGGAAUGAGUGCAGCUUCAACACCAUCCGAAGCAAUGUCGGCUUCAGUGUCAUCUGUAGGCGGUCCUCUGAAGCAACCAUCCGCCAUGUUAGUUAUAUCGGGCGGUGAGGGUUACGUUGAUUUCAGAGUUGGUGAUGAAAUGGAGGAUAGUGUAAUCAGUACAAAUGACCAAGGUUUACUUGAAACUUCUCAGGGUGGCACUGGAGAGUUAAGCCAUUUGAUUGUAUGGCAAGUGGCUAACAAUUAGGAACACCAAUUUUAAUUGUUUUAUUUAAGUAAAUUUCGCAAAACAUUUUAUUUGCUGCUUCCCAUUCCAGUGGGAUUACUGUUUUUUAUCUUUGCUGAAUAUUUUAUGCUUUGAUGUAUGUAAAUAUUCCAGUCUUGUGACUCGAACAUAUUUAAUCAUGUUUAAUUAGCUAGUCGAUUUUUGUAAUUUGGGUAUCCCCAGAUUUGAUUGGAUGGAAAGCAGCUUAUAACUAGUUCUUUUAAUAAUUAAGAUUUUUAUUAGUGAUAAAAACCUAAAAUUUAUUAAUUAUAUAGAUAUUUUAUCAUUUUAA